UCAUUGUUUGUAACGAAAAGUGUAUUUUGUUUUUAGCGUUCAAUCCAUUGAUUGUGAAACUAAUGAUACGUUUGAUGGCAAUCAUGGCAUGCAUUGGUUGAACACGUGUGGCAAGUGAUCACUACAACGGAUCCCACACCCGAACACAAUGGACAACAAGAUAUCAAUAGAGCCGCGAAGACAACAGAGGCGUCGCAAUCGGGACGCAGACAACAGAAGUACGUCAACCGAUGAGCGGAACCGACGGACCGGCCAUUCGUCGCAAUCGCCUCCACAUAACUCUCGUGUCGUAAUUCUGGCCAAAAACCCGAACCAGAAGUCGAAUACACCCACAGCUGUGUCUAUAUUGACGUCGGGCUCGCAGUCGACGGCCGUCACACCCGUUCCCACUAUUCAGAUAAUGUCUUCAUUGCAUUCCCAACAACAGCAUCAAAAUGUCAACACUUCCAACACAUCCAACGCCAACGCCUCCAAUACGGGACACAUGUCUUCGGUGACCAAAUCUGCGCAAUCUGUCGGCGCGUUCAGCACUCAGUCGGCGGCCGACGACGCCGUCAACGAAUUGAUGGCAGCCAUGCCUUCAGUCAUGACUUUAAUAGACAGCGAAAGCCUUAUGUUUCUGGAGAGUCCGGCCAACGAUUUCCUGUUGAGUGACGCCAUGACUGCCUCUGGCUUUUCGGUCAUUUCCACUGUGGGUAUGGAUGGCGUCGGCAAGUCUUCGGUACUGAAUCUGAUCGCCGGUAGAGAUGUGUUCAGAGUUCACAGCAAUAAAUACAGUGAAAGACCGCUUAAACACAAGACUAAAGGAGUGAAACUUCAUAUCACUAAAGAGAGACUACUUCUUCUCGACUCUCAACCACUGUUGAGCGCAUCAGUUCUGGACGAAUAUCUCCAGAAAUGUCCGCCACUGUCGUCGACGGGCGUCGAUAUCUCUGAACCUGAAAACUAUUCAUUUAUGAUUUCAUUACAACUCUUAUCGUUUCUCUUCGCGACCACUGAUUACUUAAUAAUAGUAAUGGAUUGGGUUUUAGACAUUCAUCUCAUUAAACUGAUGGCCACCGCUAUAAUGAUGGUCGGAGAGACCACUCAAAAAGCAGAUAUCAUUAUCUUCUUUAGGAACAGUGAGACCAAAAUGGUUGAUAAAAAGACGACUAAUGUUAUCAAUUCAUUGCUGGGAAGAAGUGUUUACGUGACUGUCAUUAGCGGCGAUGAAAAGGAGUUAUUGAAUGCUGUGAUGAAAGCGCCGGCAAAACGUAAUCCAUCAGAAAAUGGUCGCAACUCUUCGCACGCGUCGGAAAAGUCGUGGCUAUUGUCGUCUCAACGGUAUUGGGAGACAUCGAUACGGAAGUCUAGUCUAUAUUCAGAUUACGGCCGCUUUUUGCCAUAAAAUAUUUGAUUUUGUUUUAAACUUUCUAUCAAUCAAUAAAUAACAAACAUUUUGUGGACAACAAAGACAUCAAUUGCCAAAUUCUGAGUUGCGAUAUAUUCCGGAGUCCGCCUGAUAUAGAAGCGUCGCUAAUAUCCUCUCGUGACUGAUUGUCUUCGAUGGCAGUACUAUCUGUUGGACCAAACCAUUCAAAUGUUAGUCUUAAUUAUAUUGGUUUCUCCAAUACUUUGAUUGUAUAAUCAAUUGUUUUUUAAUAUAAUUAUUAUUACAAACAAUGAAAUAAAAUUGUAAAUUGAAACGAAAAA